GAGAGAGAGAGAUUAUGGAGCGGAUCCAGUCCAACGUGUUAUACUGGUUAGUGGAACAUCCAGUGGUGAAGGAGUUCGAAUGGAAGGAAGGAGAGACGUGGGGCUCUUCACCCCGGUUCGUCGCAACAACACUUAUCGCCUACACUUCUGUCACUGCAUUCUUGUAUAAAAUCAGUAUCUCCUCCAAAUCACCGCCGGCCAAAACCCCACCCAGCUCGCCGUCCACUACCUCUUUCCUCCACCUCUUUUCUGCCUUCCACAGCCUCCUCCUUGUCAUCCUCUCCACCCUGAUGACCGUCGGUUGCACUCUCUCAACCUUUGCCCAGAAACCAAACAACCAUUGGCUCUUCUGCUUCCCUUCCAAUGAAACCCCACCUCGUGGACCAGUCUUCUUCUGGACCUACGUCUUCUACCUCUCCAAAAUUUCUGAAUUCGUCGACACCCUCCUCAUCCUCCUCAGCAAAUCAAAACGCCGACUGUCCUUCCUCCACGUUUACCAUCACAGUGUGGCAUUGGUGGGUAUCUACAUGUGGCUGCAGACGUCGCAGUCGCUCAUUCCCUUCGGCGUGAUAACAAACUCGUCGGUGCACAUACUAAUGUACACUUACUACAUGCUGUGUGCACUUGGGAAGCGGCCAUGGUGGAAGAGGCUGGUGACUGACGUCCAGAUUUUGCAGUUCAUUCUAAGUUUUCUGGUUUCUUUUGGGAUGCUCUGGUACCAUUUCACCGGAAAGGGAUGCUCAGGGUUUGGGAGUUGGUGUGUCAGUGCUUUCAUCAGCGGUUCUCUUCUGUUUCUCUUCUACGACUUUCACACCAAAACUUACGCCAAAGGAAGUGAAAAAAGAGCAGAUUAUGGAGGAAAAGAGAACAGGAUCUAGAAAAACUAAGCCCACCUUCGUAAUAGCCAUGUCUUCAUGCAUGUAGUCAAUAAGCUAGCAAGAAGAAUUUGUUAGAUUAGCAAUGUCUCCAUGUGUCAUUUAAAUUUCUACCAUGCAUAAAAUAAAAGUGUCAUUAAAAAUGAGUCUACUUUGGUCAGUAUCAUGUAAUUAUAGAAUGAUAUUGCAGGUUAUUUAAAAACUUCUCAUCAGCCUAUGUAACCAAAUGGCAAGUGAAUUUGCAUGGGUGCCCCACAGAACACACCCAUGCAUGUUCACCCCACACCGCAUUCUCAACUGUGCAUUGGGAAUAUCUCCCCAUGACAAUGUACGGGAGAAUAGGAGUAGGAGAUGUUCCCAAUGUAGAUGUUCUGUGGCGGAGAUCGGAUUCAGUCAAUGCAAGGUUCAUUCGACA